CCAUCAAACUUCAAAAUCCAUUUCAAUCAGCGUGAUAACGAAAAACAAGCAAAACUCGACUCCCACAAUUUUUGUUCCAUCUCCACCCAUGGCGAGCCCGUUCUAUUACAGUAACCGAUGGAAUUACCCGCGUCGAUACUACUACCCGACCGAGCCGUCUCCCACUCCCUCACCGCCGGCGCGCAAGGUGGUGUCAGUCCCAGUCCACCACGUCGCUUCUCCUUCCCAUUCGGAUCUGCUACUCCGCAGAUCCGACUCGGCGGCGAGGAAGAUCCAGAAGGUGUUCAGGGGAUUCCUGGUGAGGAAAAGCAUGAAGAGGAUUGCAGGGAUAAGAAGCGAGGUUAACGCGGUGGAGAUCAGGAUCUCGGGUACCACGGAUUUGAUUCGCAGGGAUGGCAAGGAGCGGCUCAAGGUUAACGAGACGCUCAUGAGUUUGCUCUUCAGGCUGGAUUCCGUCCCCGGCUCGGAUCCGGGAGUUAGGGAUUUCAGGAAGCGAGUCAUCAACAAGGCCAUCGCGUUGCAAGAGUUCGUCGAUUCAAUUGCCGAUUCCGGCUUUGAAAAUCACGAAUCCCUAGAAUCAGCAGCAGCAAUUGAAGCUGAAGGCCGCGGCGGCGAUUCAGUUUCAGAUUGUGCCGAUCAGCCUGAAAUUUCCCGAGAGCAAACUAACGAUGAUGAUCAGGCCGAGGAUCUGCAAAAUUGGACGCUGGUGGAAGGAGACGAGGAAGAAGCUGAUAGUGACGGUUGUAACGCUAGCGAGAAGCAGCGGGGAGAUUGCUCCGAGAAGAAUGAUGACGAUGAAAAAGAGAAGAGAAAGAACGCGGAGCUGCUGGAGAAGAUGGCAGGGGAGAACGAGAGGAUGAUUGGGAUGAUGGCUGCGUUGUACGAGAGGAAUCGAAUGCAGGCUCGGCUUCUGGAUGCCUUGUCUCAGAGGGUGGAUCAGCUCGAGAUGGCGUUCAUCUGCGACAAGCUGCGGCGGAAGAAGCGACGGAGUGGGAUUGGCUCCGCCGUCGAUUGUGUUCCGGAAAAUACGAAAAUUUGGAAGAAAUUGUGAACCGUCAACCGUGUGUCUGAUUUGAGGCUCUGCCUCUGCGGCUGACUCGACUUUCACGUGUUAAUUUUCCCCCUUAAUUUUGUGCAAUUAACUAAUUAAUUAUCAUUAUAUAUCUACCCGGAUUCGCUUCUUCUUCUUAGUUCUUAUCGCUGCCCUGCUUUAGUAGGUGGGCAACGGGACAAACCCAGGAGCGUGCUCCGUGCAUUGAAGGGAACAAAAGCCCGUGGGCCGAGUACCAAACUAAAUGGGCUCUAAAAGCCCAUGUACGCGUCAACGUAUAAUAAAGGCAGGGAUUAUCU